AUGAUGGGUACGAGAUUCAUACUCUCAAGAGCAAGAACAUCAACUAAAAAUCUCAAUCUCCAUGGUUCCUCACCACUCUCUCAAUUCAUCAGAAACCUCUCCUCCGUCGUUUCCCGAGAAUCCAAUUUCCGCAACCUCAAGAAUCCUCGUCCCGGAUAUUCCAGGAGCAUGGUCUCUGCUUCAAACUACAAUCUCGACCAGGACUCGGCCUUGAGUCUUGAUACUCGUGUUCCAGCCACCGUCAUCACCGGCUUUCUUGGUUCUGGAAAGACUACACUGCUGAAUCAUAUUCUGACAUCUCAACAUGGGAAGCGGAUUGCGGUCAUAGAAAAUGAGUUUGGUGAGGUGGAUAUUGAUGGAUCAUUGGUUGCUAGUCAUUCAUCUGUGAGUGAAGACAUUGUCAUGGUCAAUAAUGGUUGCCUAUGCUGUACUGUUCGGGGUGAUCUAGUUAAAAUGCUGUUGGAGUUGGUUAAGAAAAAACGAGACAAGUUUGAUCAUAUUGUUAUAGAAACCACGGGCCUUGCUAACCCAGCUCCCGUUAUAGAAACAUUUUGUAUGGAUGAACUUGUUUCAAGACGUGUGAAACUGGAUGGAGUUGUUACUUUGGUUGAUGCCAAGCAUGCAAUGCAACAUUUGAACGAAGUGAAACCAAGAUUUGUGGUGAAUGAGGCAGUGGAACAAGUUGCAUAUGCUGAUCGUAUUAUAUUGAACAAGAUAGAUUUGGUGACCGAGACUGAAUUGGAGGUAUUGACUAACAGAAUCAAGCAUAUCAAUGGGAUGGCGCAAAUCAAGCUAGCUAAAUUUGGAUCUGUGGACAUGGACUUUGUUUUGGGUGUAGGAGGAUAUGAUCUCGAAAGGAUCGAUAGUCAAGUUCAAGUAGAUAGUUCCUGUUCUCCAUCCCAUCACCAUGAAGCUGGACAUGGUGCCGAACACCACAAUCAUCAUCACGACCAUGUACAUGAUUCUACCGUCUCAAGUGUCAGCAUAGUUUAUGAGGGAACCCUUGAUCUUGACGAGGUGGACGAUUGGCUUGAAAGGUUGAUUGAAGAAAAAGGAGAAGACUUGUACAGGAUGAAGGGUGUCUUAUCUAUAAAUGGUUCUGAUCAACGUUAUGUUUUCCAGGGAGUGCACUCCACAUUGGAUGGGUGCCCAGGCAGUACAUGGGGACCUGAUGAGAAGAGGAUUAACAAGCUUGUGUUCAUAGGAAGGAAUUUGGAUGAAACUACUCUUAGAAAAGGUUUUAGAGGUUGUCUAGUAUGA